AUCUAUCCAAUAAAUCUAUCAAAGUCUAUUUUGCGGUUCUCUCCCCAAGUCUAUCACAUCGGCCCUCCACCUCCCCACGUCAACCGUACGAUGUCAGUUUCCUCAUCGUCCUCAUCCUCCACCAUGGGCUCCUACCACAUCACCGAACCCCACCCCUCCGUCCCCUCCAGCCACUACUUCCACUCCGGCCGCGGCGGCGCCGGCAACGUCACCCAAGUCGACCCCUCCCAAAUCUCCUCCCCUACUACCGCCACAGGGCCCGCCUCCGCCAUCCCCCUCCAUACCAACCCCUCCGCCUAUGUCGCCGUUGGCCGCGGCGGCGCCGGUAACUUCCGCCACGAGAACGAGCGCGCCAUCUUCAGCUUCGACGAGGAGCUUGAGCGCCAGCGCAAGCUGACCGAGAACGCUGCGCCCGUGUACAUGACCGGGCGGGGCGGAGCGGGGAACUGCUUCGCGUCGGGGAAGGCAGGAAGCGUGAGGAGCUCGCAGACGGGAGGGAGUGAUCGCUCGGGGAGGAAGAGCCUCGAGGGCGCGUGGAGCCGCGUGAAGGGCAGCUUCAGUGGGGCGAGCAAGCAAUAGCGCCGCGGUGACGGGGCUCGAUUAACGACUUUACCGGAUUGGGAUGUCAACAUCCUCGGCGCAUCGGUCUGGUAUUGAUUUCUUACAUGGUGUUCGAAUGGAUCAUGGCUCGGAAAGCAGGGCAAACGAACAGGGCAAAUGAACAGGGCAAACGAACAGGGGGAACGGGAACGGAUGAUCAUCUUCAGCGGGAAAAAGUGUUUCAAAGACGGCAUUUCGGGGUUCGCAUUCGGAUGGAGCUGGUGUAUUCAGUCUCAUGUCCUUUCUGGCAUUUCUUCGAUUUGAACGGUCGAGUUGAAUUCCGGCGGAUAUACCCCAAGCCCCAAACGAGGGUGCCGCGCAACUGUGGCGAGACAGUUUACGAUUACGACUUUAUUGAUAUAAUAUAAUUCAUUUUUACUCCUCACUUAC